AUGCGCUAUGAAUUGCUGGCCAGCCGUAUUCUGGAGCGUGCGGCAAUCCACUUCCCGAACAAGGAAAUUGUGACGCGGGUGGGUGAGGGCACGCAUCGUUAUACCUACGCCGAAAUGUUCGAACGUACCUCGCGCCUCGGGAACGCGUUGCGGGAAUUGGGGGUCGGACCCGGCGACCGGGUCGGGACGUUCGCCUGGAACACCUAUCGGCACCUUGAGGCAUAUUUCGCUCCGGCCACCAUCGGGGCGGUCAUCCACACCAUCAACAUCCGGUUGGCUCCCGACGACAUGGUGUACAUCAUCAACCAUGCUGGCGAUCAGGUGCUGCUGAUAGAUCCGGAUCUCGCCCCGGUGGUGGAGGCUAUCGCCGACCGUCUGACAUCGGUCCGGCACUUCGUCAUCCUGGGCGAACCGGACGAGAUGUCCACGACGCUGCCCGACGCCGCCUGCUACGAGACCCUACUGUCCGCAGCCUCGUCGGAGUACCGUCCGGCCGAUGUGGACGAAUACUCGAUCAUGGGCCUCUGCUACACCUCUGCCACCACCGGCCUGCCCAAGGGUGUGGCCUACUCCCACCGGGCCGUGUACCUGCAUACCCUGACCUCGGCUACCCCCGACAUGAUCGGCGUGUCCGAGAGGGACCGCAUCAUGGCCAUCGUCCCGAUGUUCCAUGCCAACUGCUGGGGCUUCCCUUACGCGGGCACCAUGUUUGGCGCGUCGCAGAUCUUCCCGGGCGUGCGCCCCGACCCUCGAAUCAUCUGCGAGAUGGUCGAACGGGAACGGGUGACGAUCAGCGCCGGCGUACCGACCAUCUGGAUUGGGGUGCUUGACUACCUGCAGCGCUCAGGAACCGAGUACGAUCUGUCCUCGUUGCGCCAGGUUAUCAGCGGCGGUUCAGCCGUGCCGUUGUCCGUGCUCCAGGCGUACCGGGAGCGAUUGGGUGUCGAUAUUCUCCACGCCUACGGUAUGACGGAGGCUGCCCCGCUGAUCUCCGCCAACCGGCGACGGAGCUGGAUGGACGACCUAGCGGAGCAGGAGCGCCUGGAACUGAACGCCAGCCAGGGCGUCGUCGCUCCCGGGGUUGAGAUGAAGCUGGUCGACGAAAACGGCGAUGACCUGUCGUGGGACGGUGAACAGCGCGGGGAGCUCUGGUUCCGCGGCCCGUGGGUGGCGGACGAGUACGUUGAUGACGAACGGAGUGCGGAGACCUUUGUCGAUGGGUGGUACCAUAGCGGCGACAUCGCCACCAUCGACGCCGCCGGCUAUAUUCAGAUCGUUGACCGGGUGAAGGAUAUGGUGAAAAGCGGUGGUGAGUGGAUAUCUUCCGUGGACCUCGAGUCCGCGAUCAUGGCUCACCCCGACGUGCUGGAAGCGGCCGUCAUCGCCAUACCCGACCCACAGUGGCAGGAGCGGCCGCUGGCAUGUGUGGUGACACGCUCCGAUCCCUCAGCGUCGCUGAGCAAAGACAUCAUCCUGGACUUCAUACGCCCGGAUUUCGCCAGAUGGUGGCUCCCGGACGACGUGGUUUUCAUCGACGAGAUUCCCAAGACGAGCGUCGGAAAAUUCGACAAGAAGGUCCUCCGGGAGCGAUUUGAACAUCAUCGCUGA